AGAUUGUGUGUCAGAUAUGUGUCAGAUUAGAAAAUAAAAACAAGGUUAUGGUAUUUUAUGGAUUAGUUAAAGGGAAUUUACUAUAUUUUUGAGAUAAAAUCAGAUAAAAUAUUUUAUUGUUAAUGUUAUUGGAGCUUGUAGUUUGGGGCUGUUCGUAAUGGGUAUUAUUUCAGAACGUACACAGUUUUUAGUGUUGGAUUAGUUGAAAAAAGACUUUUAAAAUGAAGGCGAAACCGUCAAAAAGAGUUGCUGGUAUGAUAAUAAAAUCUAGGAAAAGCAUUGCAAAGGAUGGAGUUGUCACGACUUCUGGUAUUGGCAGUCCUUCACUAUACCACGCCCUAGUGGUGAUAUUUUUGGAAUUCUUCGCAUGGGGUCUUCUAACGAUGCCCGUGAUUUCGGUACUGAAUUCCACCUUUCCUGAUCACACGUUCUUAAUGAACGGUUUAAUCAUGGGUAUCAAAGGAAUUCUUAGUUUUUUAAGCGCUCCAUUGAUUGGAGCUUUGAGCGACGUUUGUGGAAGAAAACUAUUUUUACUAGUCACAGUUUUCUGUACUUGCCUGCCAAUUCCACUAAUGACGAUAAACACUUUUUGGUUUUUUGCAAUGAUCUCAAUAUCAGGUGUUUUUGCCGUAACGUUUAGUGUGGUGUUUGCCUAUGUAGCUGAUGUGACAGACGAAAAAGAAAGAUCACUUGCCUACGGAUUAGUUAGUGGUACUUUUGCAGCCAGUAUGGUUAUAUCUCCUGCUUUGGGAGCUUAUUUAAUGGAAAGAUGGUCAGUCUCUCUAGUAGUAGCUUUAGCAACGGCAGUUGCAAUAUUAGACGUAUUUUUCAUUCUGGUUGCCGUCCCUGAGUCCUUAUCAGAGAAAGUUCGAGUUUCGCCUAUAAGUUGGGAACAAGCGGAUCCCUUUUCAUCCCUCAGAAACGUUGGACAAGAUUCGACUAUUCUACUCUUGUGCAUAGCCGUUUUUCUAAGUUAUCUACCGGAAGCAGGCCAGUACAGCUGUAUAUUCGUUUAUUUAAAACUGAAGAUGGGUUGGAGUUCCAAUGUUGUAGCGGUAUUCGUCGGUCUCGUAGGGUUACUAGCAGUUUUUACACAACUUUGUCUAGGUAUUUUAAUAAAAAAUUUCGGAGCCAAGCACACCAUCAUGCUAGGACUGUUUUUCGAGCUGCUGCAGCUCUUGUGGUACGGUUUCGGUACGACUACAUGGAUGAUGUGGGCGGCCGGUUUCUUGGCUUCUGUUGGCUCGAUUACUUACCCGGCGAUAUCGGCCUUUGUAUCCAUUCAUAGUACGGCUGAUAAGCAGGGAGUUGUUCAGGGAAUGGUCACAGGAAUGAGAGGUUUAUGUACUGGACUGGGACCUGCAAUGUUUGGCAUCAUAUUUUAUUUGUUUCACGUAGAUCUAAAUGACGGAGAUAAUCAAAACGCUACACAUUCCACAGGUGACACUGCAACGUAUGCUGAGCUCGUGCCAGGACCGCCUUUUGUUUUUGGAGCUUUCCUGGUGAUAUGCGCCAUAUUUGUUACGUCAUUUCUACCUCCCAAAGCAGUAAUCGAAACAAAUCUUCCGCUAGAUACGCGUUAUGAGGUAGAUAGAACAGGCCAAAAAGUUCCUGGAACACUAAGCCCUCUAUUGACAGGACGGGGUGGAAUCGAUGGAGUUAUACUAUAAGUUAAAAUAAAGUAGUUCAUCUAUCCUAUUAUUUUUAUUGUUUGUCAUAAGAUAACUCUCGAAAAUAUCAUUAUUGUGCGUCACUUUUUGUACGUUUUAACCACCAAAAAAUUAUAUUAAUUGUGGAUUGCAAAGGAACUUGCCCUCUAAUGACAAUGUAAUUUAUUUUUAUCAAAGUGAUUUUAUAAGUAUUGUACUAUUAUUAUUGAUUACUAUAGAUGGGAUAUAAAAAACGAAGCUCAAAUUGUAAUAUUGUAAUUAUUUUUUGUACAUACUGAAUGAUUAUUUAGUAAAUUAUGUAUCAUAUUAUAUGCGUAAGUCUCAAUAUGGAAUAUAGUGGGAUAAUUAUGAGAUGCUUGUAUCGUUAUAUAGGUAUCAUACUAUAUUUGAAUAAAGCUGUUAGUGUAAUUUAUUAAAAUGAUUUAAGUUUAUUAAUUUUUUGAUAAUUUAUAAGAUAGAAAUAACUAUUUGGAAGAGCUUUUUUAUUUUUAUUUUUGCUUAUUUAAUCACUUUAUAAAUAAAUGUUAUUUAAAUGUUUGCAUUAAACGGUAUAAAUUAGAAACAUAAAAA